GACAGAGGGCGUUGGGAGGGGAAGGUGGGCUCUGAGCAGAAUGCAAACCGAUCCAGAGCGGCGAGAAGGAAUCACCGAAUCCCCAAAGAGGGGCCAGGAGCCCAAAGUGGCCCAAGAGAGAGCCGAGGGCAGAGGGAGUCUCUGGGCGAUGGGGGCGGGGGCUCGAGGCAGCUGCAGAUGCGAGCACGAGGGGCGAAGAGGCAAAAGGGGAAGGCGAGGGCGCGCAGGCAAACGCAGCGCCAAUGGGAGCAGGAGAAUCGCGACCUGGACGACGACUUGGACGCCUCAGGAAUGUUUGAGGGUGCACCACCAGUCCUUCGAGGGUGGUUGAUGCGGGCAAGGCUCUUUCCGGGGUCCAUUGGAGAGGAAUUGCACUGGACCCAGCAACUGGCGGAUUAUUUUUUACAUAAUACGUACUCCUGA